AUGUCAGAAUUAACUGUCGGUGAUAAGAGACCUCAAGAGGAAGACAACAAUGUCUCAGAUUCUGCUGUUGUUACUAAAAGAGCUAAGCCAGAUGGUGGUGUAAAUGGUGAAAAGAUUGAAAGUGAGGCAGGAUUACGUGAACCUGAUGUUGGGAUCACAUUGUAUUUGUCUCCAGAAAUUCCUGGGUUCACAGGUCAAAUUAAACAGAGAUACACUGAUUUCCUUGUUAACGAGAUUACAAAAGAUGAUGAAGUUGUUCAUUUGACAGAUAAGGGUUUCAAUAUGCCAAAGAAACCUCAAAAGACUGCGGAGGAGAAACAAAAAGAGCAUGAGGAAGAGAUUGCCAAGAGAAAUGAAUUUGUUGUAGAACCAGAAUUGAGAAAACAAUUGGUAGAUAUCUUGGGUGAAGAUGAUGUUGUUAAGAUUGAAGAAGUCUUUAAGACCGCACAAAAGAUGGAAACUGUGAAAUCGUUUGAUGAUAAAUCAGAGAGAACUAACAUCCAUAUCCUUUUACGUAAGGCUUUCAACAAUGAGUUGGAAUCUGUCACUACUGAUGAAAAUACUUUUAAAAUUGCAAGAAAUAAUAAAAAAUCAAGAGUUAAUAAGCAAUUGUUAGCAGAGCAGACAAAAGAUGCAAACGGUAUCGAAAAUUGGGGUUAUGGUCCUGCAAAGGAAUUUAUUCAUUUCACAUUACACAAGGAAAACAAAGACACUAUGCAAGCUGUUAAUAUUAUUUGUAAACUAUUGAGAAUGCCAACACGAAUCAUUAGAUAUGCUGGUACUAAAGAUCGUAGAGGUGUUACUGCCCAAAGAUUAUCUAUUACCAAUAUCAGUAUCGAUAGAUUGAACGCUUUGAACAGGACUUUAAAAGGUAUGAUUAUCGGUGGUUACAAAUUUGACGAUAAAAGUUUGAAUUUAGGUGACUUGAACGGAAAUGAAUUUACUAUUACUGUUAGAGACGUUGAUUUAAAAGAUUCUAACGGAAUCCCAUUAAGCAAAAUCUUAGAAAGUAGUUGUGAAUCACUGAAAACAAAUGGUUUCAUUAAUUAUUUUGGUAUGCAAAGAUUUGGUACUUUCAGUAUCUCAACACAUGAAAUUGGUAAGGAAUUAUUAUUGGAGAAUUGGAAGAAAGCUGCUAACUUGAUUUUAUCUGAUCAAACUAAUGUUUUACCAAAAUCUAAAGAGGCUAGAAAGUACUGGGAAGAGACGAAAGAUGCAGAAGGUACUUUAAAAUUAAUGCCAAGAGAUUGUAUGGCUGAAAAUGCAAUUUUAUAUGCCCUAUCAUCUCAGAAGAAAGAAGAGGAUAAUGAUUAUUCAGAUAAUGCUUAUUAUCUAGCUAUUAUGAAGAUUCCAAGAAAUUUAAGAACAAUGUACGUUCAUGCUUACCAGAGUUUUAUCUGGAAUUCGGUAGCAAGUAAAAGAAUUGAACUGUUUGGUUUGAAACCAGUUGAAGGUGAUUUGGUUAUUGAUGGAAGUAGCCGUGCUGAAUCCAAAUUGGAGGACGAAGAAGUUGAUUUUGAUGAAGAUUUAUGUGAAGCUCAAUAUAUCCGUGCUAGACCAAUUACAAAAGAAGAAAUUAGUGCUAAUAAGUUCAAAAUGACUGAUGUGGUUCUUCCAACCCCAGGCUUUGACGUUGUUUAUCCACAAAAUGAAGAAUUAUCAAGAAUAUAUGUUGAUUUGAUGGCCAAAGAUGGUAUGAAUCCUAAUGAAAUGAAAAGAAGAGUAAGAGAUUUCUCCUUGGCUGGUUCCUAUAGAAAUGUAGUUCAAGUACCAGAGGGUUUGGAAUAUAAAAUUGUUAAAUACAGUGAUGCAACUCAGCAAUUAGUCAAUACUGACUUAGAAAUGUUAAAUAGUAAAAGAGCCAAAGACAAUGGACAAAAAUAUAUGAAAGAUAAGUUGGAAAGAUAUGUUCCAGAAAAAUCCGGUGAUAAAACUGCGGUUAUUAUUAAGUUUAAACUUGGUGUCUCAGCUUAUGCCACAAUGGCUCUACGUGAAUUAAUGAAACUUGAGACAUCUCGUCGUGGUGACAUGUGUAAUGUCACGGUAGAAUAA